CGAUGGUACAAAAUAAACAAAUUCUGACAUGUCAGCCGAAAAUAAAACCGUUGGCCGUCCUUCCAAUCAAGUCACAGCUCUUUGACACUUUUCUAUAUUCUAUUCUACUCCGGAGUAUAUAGGAGAGUAGGCACAAGAAACCAGGCCUCACAGUCGUCCGAGGUUCCCUGGACUCUCGUCUCGUUCUCCGGCGCCAUGGCUGCCCGACGACUACGUCUCCAAUGGGAGACACCGCGAGUCACCGUCGCUCUCCUCCUCCUCCCCCUCCUCGCCGCCGCCGCCGCGGGAGCGGCUGCCACGGCAGCGCCAGCGGCAGCAGGGCGCAGGGAGGUGGUGACGUCGCCGCACGGCGCCGUGGCGGCGGACGACUGGCGGUGCUCGAGGAUCGGCCGGGACGCGCUCCGCGAGGGCGGCAGCGCCGUGGACGCGGCCGUCGCCUCCGCGCUCUGCCUCGGCGUCGUCAGCCCGGCGUCCAGCGGCGUCGGCGGCGGCGCCUUCAUGCUCGUCAGGCUCGCCGACGGCACCGCCGUCGUGUACGACUCCCGCGAGACCGCGCCCCUCGCCGCCUCCAAGGACAUGUACGGCGGCAAUGAGUCGCUGAAAGCACGGGGCGCGCUCUCCAUAGCAGUCCCCGGGGAGAUCGCCGGCCUGUACGAGGCGUGGAAGCACCACGGCAAGCUCCCAUGGAGGCGCCUCGUCCUGCCGGCCGCGCGGCUCGCCCUGGCGUUCAGGAUCUCGCCGUACCUGCGGAUGCAGAUGGAGGCGACCAGGGACGGCAUCCUGGGCAACAACGGGACGCGGGCCGUGUACGCGCCGGGCGGCGACAUCCUCAGGGCCGGGGACAUGUGCCGCAACCGGAGGCUCGCCCAGACCCUGCGGGCCGUCGCGGAGCACGGGCCCGGCGUGUUCUACGGCGGCGCCGUGGGGGCGCGGCUCGUGAGGGACGUCCGGGAGGCCGGAGGGAUCCUGACGGUGGAGGACCUGAAGAGGUACCAGGUGAAGGUGCGGCAGCCGCUGACGGAGAACGUGAUGGGGCUCGAGGUGGUGACCAUGCCCCCGCCUUCCGCCGGCGGUGCCGGGAUGAUGCUUGUCCUGAACAUCCUUGAUCAGUUUGGCAUUCCUGCUGGUUUCGCUGGAUCUCUUGGGAUUCACCGUCUCAUCGAGUCCUUGAAACAUUACAUGGCGGUAAAGAUGAACCUCGGCGAUCCUGACUUUGUGAACGAUAACGAGGUUGUGUCUGAUAUGAUUUCCCCCAAAUUUGCUGCUGAACUGAAGAAAACCAUCUAUGACAACAUGACAUUUGCGCCUAAACAUUACGGUGGAAGGUGGAACAUCCUUCAGGACCAUGGAACGAGCCACUUGUCCAUCGUCGACAGCGAGCGAAACGCGGUUUCGAUGACGAGCACCGUCAACUCGUACUUCGGGUCACUGAUCCAUUCCCCACGCACAGGCAUCCUGCUCAACAACGAGAUGGACGACUUCUCCAUGCCGGCGAACACGACGGAGAAUUCUCCACCCCCAGCACCUGCCAAUUUCGUCAGCCCCAUGAAACGGCCUCUCUCUUCCAUGACUCCGACCAUAGUUGUCAAGGACGGGAAGCUGGUGUCCGCAGUUGGUGCCAGUGGUGGCAGCAUGAUCCCCGCUGGAACGAUCGAGGUGUUCAUCAACCAUUUCGUCAAGAACAUGGAUCCAUUGGCUUCUGUCAUGGCGCCAAGGGUUUAUCACCAGCUGAUCCCAAACGAGGUCAAGUACGAGAACUGGACGACGGUGACCGGCGACCACUUCGAGCUCGACGCCGCGACGAGGGCCGACCUGCAGAAGAGAGGCCACGUCCUGAAGCCGCUAGCCGGUGGAACCAUAAGCCAGCUCGUGGUGCACAACGUCGGGCGCCAAGGCGACCUGACCGCCGUCAGUGACCCCAGAAAAGGCGGUGUCCCGGCCGGUUACUGAGCAGGAUCUCUGUCGAAGCACGGUGAAGUAGCCCGGCCGUGCUGAUGCCUGUGUGACGUGAGACGGAGUCAGGAGUUAUACAUAGAUACGAUGGAUUAAAGACAUUUGACAUAUGCAAGCUGGACGUAGCUCAUCUGUUUAGGCUCUUGUGGUGGGACAUGGCAACUCGAGUUAAUCAUCGAUUCAGCUAUUCCUAUUUUUCUAUGUUUAUUUAUUUUAGUAUUUGAUAAUUUAACAAUGGUAUUUGUCCCACAGCAGCGUGUCCAUCGAGAACGAGAGGUGAUAUUGAAAUAUAUCGGUUUACAA